AUGCUCCCCCAGGGCCUUGCCAAAGCAGCCUACAGCGAGAGGACCGUUGCUGCGUUUCUGGAAAUGUAUAGCCCUGCAGGCACAAUACGUAACACCAAUGUCGACGCAAGGGAACUGUUUAAUUUGCUUCCUUUACUUAGUACACGUGAUGAGGCACUGCAGAUGGCGACCCUGGCCGUCGGCAUGACGCAACUGGGGAUUACCACAGGGAAUGAAAGCCUCACCCGGCACGGCAGGACGCUAUACGGCAAGGCGCUCAAGGAAACGGCAAUGGCGUUGCGGAAUCCUGCUAGAGCAAACAGCAAAUCACUGCUCAUUGUGCCUCGCAUCAUGGGCCUUUUUGACAUGCUAUAUGGCGCUGAGCCUGACUCGUCUAACCAAGCUAAGAGCUGGCUCAGCCAUGCAGAAGGUGAACUAGCCAUGAUCAUCAGCCGGGGGCCCGAAGCGUUCUCUGUAGAUGAUGCAGCCCACAUGUUCUUCACCACUGCCAGAUAUCGACUCCUGGGACCCGCAGUACGAGCCAGGAAGCCGACCAUCUUCGAUGCACCGGACUGGAAGACGCUACCUUGGAAAGGAAGAACAAAAUCGUACGAAGAUGCGCUUAUGGACAUCAUGUGCGGCAUACCAGAGCUCCUCUGGUCUGUUGACAGACUCCAAUUCACAACCCUAAACACCAUUGAGAAAGAAAAACUCAGACUCCAAACCCUCUCCAAAUGCUGGACCAUGCAUUCCGAACUUGAAAAUUGGAAAUCAGCAGACCCAGACUCCAUAUACACCCCUACUUUUGUAGAUCUAUAUACCACAAUCUCCUUCCCAAACAUCGACAUCGCCUGCCUCACUGUCCGCUACUGGCUCAUCUGCCUCUUCCUCUACUCCUCCCUCGACAUCGCCUCAGGCAUCGACCCUGCAACCGACUACUCCCUCUCACACCCGGACCGUCCGCACCCCCGCCCUUUUGCCCGCAUGAUCACCCGCUCAGUCGACUACUUCAUGCAAGAAAAAUUCGGCGUCACAGGACUAAGUGCCAUGUGGUUUCCACUCGGCAACACGCUUUUCUACAUGAACCGCAACCGCGAUGCCGACGAGGCAUACAUCAUUGCGGUGAUGAAAGCGUGGGAGCGCCCCAAGUUGCCAAGUGCAAUGAGGGAGUUUCUCAAGAGCUUCCGCAUGACGGUGGAUCUGAGGACGCUUUCUGCGCGACUGCUCUCCGAACUUUGA